AUGGAGCAUGGGAAACUCUUGGAUUCCCCAAACACAAGCAGUAGUACGAAAAACCACAAAAGAACCCAUGAAUGCUCAGAGUGUGGGAAAUGCUUUCCUCGCUGGUGCCUCCUUUUGACCCACAGGAAGGCCCAUGUGGGAAGUGGCUCCACUCAAGAUUUGGAGAGUGAGAAAUCCUUCUCCGAAAAAGACGGCAAAGAUCCCAGAAGCCCCCUCAGACUAACACCCUAUAAAUGUGAGGAAUGUGACUUAUGCUUUGGUCGAAAGUCAAACCUUCUUACACAUCAGAAAAUCCACACUGGAGAGAAACCCUAUCAGUGUCUAGAAUGUGGGAAUUUUUUCCGUGAAAAAGCCCAUCUCAAAAAGCACGAGGUGAUUCACAAAGGGGAGAGACCUUACAAGUGCUGGGAAUGUGGGAAAAGUUUUGUUUUCUCAGAGCGCAGGUCUUUGAGUUCAUCUCUUCGAAGUCAUGUGAAGACACAUAGAGGUGAAAAAAACGAAAAGUGCCUCGAAUGUGGGAAAUGUUUUAUCUUGAAAUCAAACCUGUUGCAACAUCAGAGACUUCACACUGGAGAGAAACCCUAUGAAUGCCCAGAAUGUGAGAGACGAUUUGUAAAUUCUUCUGAACUUCGGAGACACCAGAAGAGGCACAAAGGGGAGAAACCCUAUCAGUGUGGGGAGUGUGGGAAAAGUUUUGUUACUCAAACAGAGAUUCAGGCUCACGAGAGAAUCCACACAGGGGAGAAGCCAUUCAAAUGUGUGGAGUGUGGGAUGUGCUUUUCUGAAAAAAACAACCUUGUAAAGCAUCAGAGGCUCCACACAGGGGAGAAGCCAUACAGAUGCCUAGAAUGUGGAAAAUGUUUUGCUCAAAAGGGAGACCUUUGGACACAUCAGAAAAUCCACACAGGGGAGAAGCCGUACAGAUGCGUAGAAUGUGGAAAUUUUUUUGCUGAAAAGGGAAACCUUUGGACACAUCUUAAAAUCCACACGGGGGAGAAGCCAUAUCAAUGCAACGAAUGUGGAAGAUUUUAUAGUACCGCAUCAACCCUUAGAAAUCAUUUGACAAUUCACAUAGGGGAAAAAAAAUUCAAAUGUUUAGACUGUGGAAGAACAUUUCCUCAUUCAUGUUCCCUUAGAAAUCACAAUCGAAUCCAUACAGGAGAGAAGCCCCAUAAAUGCUCGGAGUGCGAUAAAUGUUUUUCUCAAAAAGGUACUCUUGUAAUACAUCAGCGAAUCCACACCGGAGAGAAACCAUAUAAAUGUUCGGACUGUGGGAAAUGUUUUGCCCACCAUUCAGCAUUUCACAGGCACACCCAAAAUCACAAGUGUGGCCUUACAAGUGUGUAG